AUGUUUACUGCAGCCCCGCAACACAGGCAGCCCGCCCUUCGAACCCCUCCAGACUCUUCCCCUGACUUUCGCUCCCCAAAACGCGCCCGAAAUUCAUCCAGAGACCACCCUCAGUCAUCCUCAAACGCCCCUGAACAACCACAGGACCCCAUUCCAUCCAUCAAGAAGUGCGACCGUGUGUUCCCUUGCCAGUCGUGUUCAAAGCGUGGAUGUGCUGAGAUUUGUCCUGAUGGUGCUCUCACAUCUGGCAGAGGAAGCAGGUUCAUCCUCGCUAAUACGGAGCAACUCCACGACAAGAUAAUUACCAUGAGCGAUCGUAUCAGACAAUUAGAGGAUGCGCUGGAGUCACUACAAUCACAGCUGGCACCAGAUCCCCAUCCCCUGUUGCACCCGGAUUUCCUCAAAAUUAAGAACUCAUUGGAACUCUACAGUUCACAGACAACAGGGCAACGUUCAAAUGCUGAUUUCACUGCCGAUGAAAACCAAGCCAACAGCAGUCUUACUUCUCUGGUCCCUCCACGCUAUACGUCACCGAAAGAUGAUGAUCAGAGCCAAUCUGGGCGAUCGCAGGGGAGGAGUUCACCUGAGCACCUGACCCCAGGUAAUCUUCAACUACAUCCUGAAAUCGACGCCCUGAGCCAGACUUUCCCGUUCCCCAUUCUAUCGAAUAAUCCCAUGCGGGAGAAGAUAUACGAGAUGCUACCCCCACGCGCAGAAGCUGAUCGUCUGUGCUACCAAGCUCGUCACAAUGCGCUGUGGCAGUACAACCUAGACCCUAGCGAAACGUGGCUUCCAAAUCUCGUUCACCACAUCUAUUCAACCCCCGUGAAAGACUUGUCCUUACGCCGGACGUCUCUUUUGUUUAUCAUGAUGGCCAUAGGCCUCCUAGUCGACCUAGAGCAGCCGAACGAAUCUCCACGUGCGGAGAUAUAUCAUCGUCUUGCCAGAGCAUGCCUGUGCGAAACGAAUUUAAUGGACGAGCCUAGCCUGGAACUGCUACAAACCUUAUUUUAUAUGAUUUGGUAUCUUCUCAUCUUUUCUGACAAAAGCCAAGCUGUUGCAUAUGCUUGGAGCAUCAUGGGGCUGACAGUAAAACUCGCUCAUACUGUGAGUGACCGUGACAGCAAUAGGUGGAAGGUCAUCCCGGAAGAAGCCCAGCGACGCCAGAUGCUCUUUUGGGAGCUGUUGAAUCUAGAUGCACGUUUGGCGCUAUCCCUCGGACGCCCACCAUCAAUAUGUCUAGCCCAUGUUGAUUGUAGGCGACCAUCAUACUCCGUGGAAGGAAUGUACAUCAUUCCUGGGACGCAAUCGUAUCACGAGUGGAAGCAUGGCUUCUUUCUCCAAUGUUUGACACCCGUAUUAGUCACAGCUAUAUCUGCUCGUCCACAGCAGUAUUCGACUGUCAUGGAAGUGGACAAGACGAUCCGUGACUUUCCUAUCCCACCAACCUUGGAUAUCUUUAAUACAGAUGGGGUAACAGAUAACCGCCAGUUAACUAUGCAACAAGUAUUGGUCUCGAGUGGCCGUGAAAUUGUUCUUUUACAGCUUCACAGAAACUUCUUCACCGAUGCACUCAGCGAACCUAAUGCAUUCUCUUACCGUCACCGGUAUGCGCCAUCAGCGCUGGCGACGUAUCUCAGCGCAACUCGUCUUAUUGCCACGCUAGAAAUAAUGCUUCGCCGAGAACCCCAGCUCAGCAAAAGAUUCAUGUGCUUCUGGUUUAAUGCCUUCUCUGGUGCCGUUGCCCUUUCGUUAAUUAUCUCGAGGACUCCCUUCAUCAGCUUGGCCCCUUUUGCACUUCGAGAGUUGGAAGCGGUGCACCGAGUAUUCAGUCAGGUUGCCGAAGAAUGCACUAAAAUUGCACAGGCCCUACCCCUUCUCACGAAAAUUACGGAAAAAUCCCGUCGUGUCUACACGCAAUGGCGUAAAGCUUCGGAAGAUGAGACACCGAUGGAGAUAGACGAGUCUUCCGACCCUGCUGUAACACGCAGAAUGCUCGCGCCUGGCCCAGCUGUGAAUCAAUUGAGAGAAGGAGGCGGGACCAAUCCAUUUGAGAAUGCGCAUCCACACUUGUUACGGUGUCUAGAGAAGAUUGACAACGUAGCCCCGCAGACGAUAGAGGAGCUGUGUGCGUUUACAUCGCCAUCAAGGCCGGCAUCGACUGCGCUUCCGCAGAGCAUCACUUCAGCUAGCCAAGCUCACACGUCGGAUCUAUCGACUGAGAUGUUGGCGCUUGCGCUGGGGCAGAACGAGAGCCUCAUCGCAUCUAUCCAGUUCCACUCUACGGACUCUGGUGCGACGACUGGUACGGCUGGUCAGAGAGUGGGUAACCAUACUUUCAAUUUUGAUUUUGGGGCUCUGGCUUCGAAUGUAGAAAGCCAGAGUAACACGUAUAUGUCUUGGUUCUAGGGGUUUGGGACUGGAGUUUUAUCCUAUAAAACCAUAAUUAUGUUUUACUCUCCAAUUUUUUGCUUUGUUUGCUUUUUCUUCUUCUUCACAUGUUCGCGGAUUGAUUGUGUGCACAGGUAGUAUUAAUGAUAGGGCCGUGCGGCAUAGUACUAGUAGUACAUAGACGUAGACGACGAUCCAGACUCUGGACAUGUACUGCAUAGUCUUGUUUCUUCAUGCCCUAGUUUUGUGAUAGUCUUUAGUUUGUAUGCAACAGUCGCGACCCCCAAAGGUGUCGUGCAUAUGCGAUGGUCGCUAUC